CGCGCGACCCUGCCCGUGAGCAAUCUCCCAACUCAUCUCUGCAUAAGAAUGCGAGUAAUUCGUAACCUUAAAAACGAAAUAUGUCAAACGUGCGUUUAUCGGAUGGAGUUUCUUAAUACUCGUGACUAAUUUUCCUAUAAAUUCGAGUGCAAGCACAACAAAAAUGGCAGCAAUUCUACGCGUGAAGCGACGAAAUGACGACGAACCCUUAGAUGCCCUAAUAAUUGCAUGCAAACGUCGAAAAACAGAAAUCGUUGAUGAAGAGACUCUGGAUUCUCCAUUAACGGCAGUGGUGAAGUUUGCGGGAACUGUGAAACAUCAGGAAGAUAAUGUCAUUGAACAUGUUGCUAAAACGCUGAGUACAAAUGAUCGAAAAGCAAAUUACAAACAGCAUAUAGUGGAUAUUACAGGGAAGAAUAGACAUCGAACAAAACAAGACUCAUUAGAAAAUCGUUAUAGAGUUAUAAAUUGCUUUCGUUCAUUGGAGCAAAGCAAAAUUGAUCAACCCGAUGAGACAGUAACCACUGUCAUUGAUGUCGAAGAUUCCAGAUCUUGUAUGGCUCAGAAUUCGAAUGAAAAAGAAAAUGAUUAUGUCUAUGAUUUGUACUAUACACAAACGGAUGAUGAGAUGCUUUUAGAUCAUGUAUUAUCUAUUCAUCCUCUAGAUCAGGAACUUGUCUUUGACACUUACAGAGAAAAUGGAAAAAAUUCUGAAAAUGAAUGCGAGUCGGAAGACUCUAACUCGGAAUCUAACUGGAGGAACGAUUAUCCAGAUUCAGAUCAUUCCGGAGAUUCUGUAAAUGAUGAUGAUAUGAGAAGAGCAGUGGAAAACAUGAAAUUGGAAGAAGAAUCUGAUCUAUCUAGUGAGGAAUUUGUGGAUGCUGUGGAUGAAGCAGAUGUUGAAACAUUCGGUUAUAAAUAUGCAAAAUAUAAAGCACGAGUGAAAAUUGAGUUUGGGGAGGAUAGCGAUAACGAGAGUGAUCACAGCGAUUACAGUGGCGUUUAUAUAUCAGAAGAACCCGAUGAAAUAGAUGAAUAAAUUUGUCAAGACUACAAUGAAAACCAAGAUCUCGUUAUUGAAUAACAUUUAGAGUUAAAAGACCUUGCGUCAGGUGUUCAGUAGCACAAAAGCAUUUAGUGUUCUGCUUAUGAAUUUUGCACCAAGAAGAGCAUCUUAUUGUAUAUAUUAUCUUUUUUAAAUAAAUUAAUUUUCUGUUAUUUAAUAUCUUGAACUCGUCAUAUAAUGAUAAAUUCCAUUCCAAAGGAUAAUGCACAUUCAACCAACGGUGAGGGAUAUUCACAAUAGGUCUUUUAUUCAUAGGUAAUCGUAUAUUUAUUACAUAUUUAUAGAGAGAUAUAUAUAUAUACAUAUAUAUCUUGCGUGUAAAAUUCGUCUAUCAAAAUAAAAACAAUAAAAGUAAGCCUA